AUGAAUGAUGCUACUUUUGCGCAGCAAUCUGGAAGGUCACAACGAACAACUGAACUCUACUCGUGCGCACGUUGCAGAAAAUUAAAGAAGAAAUGUGGUAAACAGGUACCGACGUGUGGGAAUUGCGAUAAGAAUGGAGCACAUUGUUUGUAUCCAGGUAGAGCUCCAAGGCGUACCAAAAAGGAGUUAGCGGACGCAAUGCUCCGAGGAGAAUAUGUCCCUGUGAAAAGAAACAAGAAGACAGGAAAAAGUCCUCUGAGCAACAAUAGUAUGAGCUCGUCCAGUUCAGCAUCAACCAAUGGCGCUAUCACGCCCGGGUUUUCACCUUAUGAAAACGAUGACUCCCACAAGAUGAAACAGUUGAAACCGACGGAUCCGAUAAACCUUGUCAUGGGGGCCAGUCCAAAUUCCAGUGAAGGCGUCUCAUCGCUAAUUUCGGUACUUACAUCAUUGAAUGAUAGCUCCAACGCGCCCUCCCAUCUUUCUUCCAAUGAAAACUCCAUGAUUCCUGCGCGGUCAUUGCCUGCUUCAGUACAGCAAACUUCGACAGCUUCAUCCUUUGGGUCAUAUAGUACGCCUUCUCCGCUAAUAUGUGGUCCGGCGCCCGUGAAUGCCCAAUCUGUACCAUUACAACACAACAACAACAACAACAACAACAACAACAAUAGUAUUAGUAACAAUAAUAAUAAUAAUAAUAAUAACAACAACAACAACAAUAAUAAUAAUAAUAAUAGUACACCACACCUGAACCUGAACACAUACGCAAACAACUCUGCUUCAAAUGGCAGAUACGAUUCUGUACCUGUCGAUGCAUCCUCGAUUGAAUUUGAAACUUUAUCUUGUUGCUUUAAAGGUGGUAGAACAACAUCAUGGGUCAAAGAAGAUGGGUCUUUCAGGUCAAUAGAAAGAUCUUUACUGGACAGGUUCAUCGCUGCAUAUUUCAAACACAAUCAUCGUUUAUUUCCCAUGAUUGAUAAAAUAGCAUUUUUAAAUGACGCUUCUACAAUCACAGAUUUUGAAACGUUAUGUGACAACAAGGACUACCCUGACAGCUUUGUUUUCAAAGUUUACAUGAUAAUGGCGAUUGGCUGUACGACUUUACAACGUGCUGGUAUGGUUUCUCAGGAUGAAGAGUGUUUGAGUGAGCACUUGGCUUUUUUGGCCAUGAAGAAAUUCCGCAGCAUCAUUAUAUUGCAAGACAUUGAAACAGUACGAUGCCUGUUAUUAUUGGGUAUUUAUUCAUUCUUCGAGCCAAAAGGCUCUUCAUCGUGGACGAUCAGUGGUAUCAUCAUGAGACUUACCAUAGGCUUAGGACUAAAUAGAGAACUGACCGCCAAAAAACUAAAAAGCAUGUCUGCCUUGGAGACAGAGGCAAGAUAUAGAGUAUUUUGGAGCGCCUAUUGUUUCGAAAGGCUAGUAUGCACUUCACUUGGGCGUAUUUCUGGAAUUGAUGACGGGGAUAUUGCCGUACCUUUACCAAGAGCGCUGUACGGGGAUGAAAGAGAUGAUUUGGAAAUGACCCAGCUGAUGAUUUCACUAAGGAAAAUGGGCGGUCGUAUUUAUAAACAAGUUCAUUCUGUGAGUGCAGGACGACAAAAAUUAACCAUCGAGCAAAAGCAAGAAAUAAUAAAGGGAUUGCGGAAGGAGCUCGAUGAAAUUUAUUCUCGGGAAUCCGAAAGAAGGAAACUAAAAAGCUCGCAAAUGGAUCAGGUAGAAAGGGACAGCCAUUCCACUGCCAAUGUGAUAUCUUUCCAUAGCUCAGAGAUUUGGUUAGCAAUGAGAUACUCUCAAUUGCAAAUAUUACUGUACAGACCAUCUGCAUUAAUACCGAAGCCGCCCAUCGACUCACUAUCCACAUUAGGUGAGUUUUGCCUGCAAGCCUGGAAACACACCUACACCCUAUACAAGAAGCGAUUAUUGCCAUUAAAUUGGAUUACUCUUUUCAGAACAUUGACCAUUUGUAACACUAUUUUGUACUGUCUUUGCCAAUGGAGCAUCGACCUAAUCGAAAGCAAAAUUGAAAUCCAACAAUGUGUCGAGAUACUAAGACAUUUUGGCGAGAGAUGGAUCUUUGCCAUGAAAUGCGCCGACGUGUUUCAAAAUAUCAGCAACACAAUCCUAGACAUUAGUUUAAGCCAUGGCAAAGUUCCAAACAUGGACCAAUUGACAAGAGAGUUAUUUGGCGCAAGCGAUUCGUACCAAGAUAUCUUAGAUGAGAACAACGUCGACGUCUCAUGGGUCGACAAGCUCGUAUAA